AUGGAAGAAAUGAGGAGCAAGCCGAAUUACUUUUCCCUGUUCAUCUCAUGUGUACUACUCGGUACAUGUUGUUUCUCCAACCUAUGCUACUGCUUCAAACCAAAGAAUUUCACCUUAUCCGCCAUAGCUGCCCAUUGGUCAUCGGCAGGAGCAACAUGGUACGGCAGCCCCAACGGUGCCGGAAGCGAUGGAGGCGCCUGUGGGUAUGGAAACCUGGUGUCGCAGGCACCAUUUUCUUCGUUAGUAACUGGGAUUGGCCCAUCUCUCUACAACGCAGGCAAAGAAUGUGGAGCCUGUUACCAGGUGAAAUGCACAAAGCAUCCGGCAUGCUCCGGCCAGCCAGUCAGAGUUGUUAUAACAGAUUUUUGUCCCGGAUAUCCAUGCACUUCCGGACCUGCUCAUUUCGACCUCAGCGGAACUGCUUUUGGUGCCAUGGCCGUUCCCGGGAAAGAACAAAAACUUCGCGAUGCCGGAGUUUUGGAAAUCAGCUAUGCACGUGUUUCUUGCGAGUAUCCGGGGACGAACGUUGCAUUCCGCGUUGAUCCGGGGUCCAAUCCUCAGUAUUUUGCCGCGGUUAUCGAGUUUGAAGAUGGAGAUGGUGAUCUUGCGGGCGUGGCUCUGAAGCAAUCAUCCGGACCUGAUGAAUGGUGGGAAAUGAAACAGUCGUGGGGGGCUGUUUGGAAGCUUGACGCUGGCUCUGUGUUACGACCCCCGUUCUCAAUUAGAUUGAGGUCACAAUAUUCAGGGCAGAUCCUGGUGGCCAAAAAUGUGAUUCCAGCAGGGUGGAAGCCUGGUGCAACUUACAGGUCUUUGGUCAAGUACCUCUGA